GUGCUCCUGGGACUCUCCCCCAGCCAGUUCUCUCUCUCUCUCUCUCCCACCCCCCUCUCACCCUUACUUCAAUGCCAUAUUUUUUUCUCACUCAAUUACACUCUCUGACCGACUGUUCUCCUUUUGUUUGCUUCUCUCUAAAAAGCUAAGCAGCGAAAGCCAUUCAAGCAAGGUAUGAAAAAGGGGGAACAGUGAGAGAAAGAUAUCUAGGAUUGGAAUAAAAGAUUUCCCAGAGAGCUGAAAGAAGGUGAUGAUGGAAGGAAUCAAAGGACUAGGGGGUGGUGGAGGAGGAAGAGUUGGUGUUGGUGAGGAAGAUAUGGGGGAUGGUAUGCAAUGCAGUGACCAUCCUUACAGAAACAACCCAGGUGGGAUCUGUGCUUUCUGCCUCCAAGAGAAGCUUGGCAAGCUGGUCUCUUCCGCUUUCCCUCUCCCUAUUCGUGGCUCGUCCUCUUCUUCGCCCUCUCCUUCUUUUAGAUCUGAUCGGAAUGGCGGUGUUGGUUCUUCUUCCUCUCUUUCACUCUCAAUCAGACCCACAUCGACAAAAGUUAUCAACGAUGGUGGAACCAAAGAUAGUCAUUAUCAUGAGUAUUAUACGAGGCGGGCCCGGAUCCCUUUUCUUUUGGCUAAGAAGAAGAAGAAGAAAGUUACUACAAUAGAAUCAUCGGAUCGUGCAUCCGACAUCGUUUUCAAGCGAAGCAAGUCCACCGCAACCCCUAGGAGAAACCGGUUCUUGGAUGCUGAUGAUGGUGAAGACUUUAGCCCAAGAAAAAAACGAGGCUUUUGGUCCUUUCUUUACUUCUCUUCUUCUUCUUCUGCAUCCUCUUCUUCUUCAAAGCCCAGUGCUUCCAAGAGCGUGGACAAGAACUUCAGAGACAACCCCAAGAUCACAACUUUAACAGCAGCAGCAGCAACAACAAAUGUUUCAGUGGGGAAGCAGAAGGAGAAGUGUCUGGGGUCUUCUCUGGGCAAGAAAACUGACAUUGUGGAAGAUGAUGACAGUCCCAAUAGUCAAGCCACCGCUUCAGCCUCGUCCUUUGAGCGUAAGGUUUCAAGAUCCAGAUCUGUUGGGUGUGGAAGCAGGAGCUUCUCUGGUGACUUCUUUGAGAGAAUCUCCACUGGGUUUGGGGACUGCACUCUAAGGAGAGUGGAGUCCCAGCGGGAAGGCAAGCCCAAGGUCUCCACCUCGGCCGUGCACCGCGGCGGAGCUGGCGGCGAGCACCAUCACUGCAUGAAAGAGAGGGUCAAGUGCGGCGGCCUAUUUGCUGAGGAAAUGAACGGGAAGCAGCCUGGAGGGCCACUUGUGCAUGGUCGGAGUAAGAGCUGGGGUUGGGCCUUUGCUAGUCCAAUGAGAGCGUUCGGCAAGCCUUCCUCUAAAGACGGGAAGAAAGAUAUCAUCAGAGAAGCUUCAGAUAAGAAUACUACCCCCAACUUGGCCGCCAUUCCUUCCUUGCUGGCUGUGAGAGGCUAGAGAUCGAUACUAGUUCUGCCUUUGGCUUAAUACACAUUUUCAUGUUACUUGUCGAUUUCAACUCCAUGUUUAUCCCUGUUUGUGUCAAUUCCAUUAUUAAUGUCACACUUUUUUUUCUUUUUCUGGGUUCCAUUUUCAUUUUACUUCCAUUCUGGCCUGGGAGGCUUAAGUGAUAAUGAAAUAGUACCAAAACCUAGUGAGUGUGGCGCUGUGGAUUAUUGCUUAGUAAAGGAGAUGAAACUUCACUUAUUUCAUCAGUACUACUACAUGUGAUUUGUUGGA